AUGAAUAAAGUCUUCGCGGAUUACAUCGGAAAGAUCAUGGAAGUCUACGUGGACGACAUGCUAAUAAAAACACAAAGCGAAGAGACAUUAUUGUCCGACCUAGCCCAAGUGUUUGACACCAUCAGGAAGCAUGAUAUGCGACUCAAUCCCGUGAAAUGCACCUUUGCAGUAGAAGCAGAUUUAGCGGGCAGAAUUCUACAAUGGGCAGUCGAGUUGUCAGAGUUCGGUUUCCAAUACGAAGCUCGGACGGCCAUUAAAUCACAAUAUCUGGCCGACUUUAUCGCGGAAUUCACAGAUGCCCUGGAAACCCUCACAGAGUGGAAUCUCUAUGUGGACGGCUCUUCAAAUAAAACUGGAAGCGGCGCAGGGGUGAUAAUAGAAAGCAACCAGGGAACCCAAGUUGAGCUCUCCCUCAAGUUCGGGUUCCCGGCUUUGAAUAAUCAGGCGGAAUACGAAGCAUUGCUAGCUGGAUUGAAGCUGGCUGAAGAGGUUGGAGCUAAAAAACUCAAUAUCUACAGCGAUUCGCAAGUGUCACGUCACAAAUAA